AUGGAUACAUAUCUACCGAACGUGUUCCAGACUGAGCUGAUAUUUCUAGCUGGUCACUUUGCUUCUUACACAAGCUUCGAAAUUCGGGACAAUUUGAAGUUUCGUACUUUAAUUCGUGCAUUAUGUGAGAAAGCGCCGAAUAUUGCGAAUGCUAUUGCCGAAGUUGUUCAAGAGAAGAAAGAUGCCUCUAUUCGAGAAAUCUCCGAGGAAUGCAUAACGCCACGGAAACGAAGGCUCACCCAGGACCCCUCUUAUCGUCCACCAAAAUCUAGCAAACUGGAUAUUCAAAGCGUCGAUGGCACCAGAAAGAAAAUGGAUUUGCCAAAUACUCCACUUAACGCUUGCGACCAUGCUAGACCCGGCCAAAACGAUAUACCCACUGGCAAACCUCCGGAAUCGCCUAGACCGGCCAUCGAGGACUAUCCUAGGCCUAUUCUGGAGUUGAUAAUUGAGGCAACUAGAACUCUCCACCAGCUCAGUACACACAAUGAUGGUGUCCCGAGGGAUGUUCAUAAAAUGAUCCUAGAGACGUUAAACAGCCAAAGCUGCAGUGCAGUUGCGAACAUCGAAUGGUCCGACGGCUCUACCUGGGUAGAAAUUCUCGAGAGAGGAGCAUCUACAAGGGUCCAACUUACCAUCUUCAAUAUGAUUGAGUAUAUGGGGGCAUCGGAGUGGUACGAGAGCCAGAUCCAACUUGCCAUGAGAACAGUAACCCGUCGCCAAGCAACUAUAGGGGUACUUGACCGGAUUCAAGACCAACAAACAUAG